AUGGGUCUUGAAAACGUUGUAGUACAGUUCCACCAUCAGCAGCAGGUUACUGCCGCUGACCGAUUAAACGAGGAGGAACGCAGCAGGUAUGCAGGUGUCGUUCCUACAGUUCAACCACCACAGGGGCGUCGCCGGAUAAUAGAGUUGCACAACGACAGAGACUUUCCAAUUGGGACAAGAGAGCGGCAGUUACCUUUUCCGUUGGUGGAGCUGCAUAGGGAAUAUUCUGAACAAAAUUUGUUUGAUUUAGAUGAAGCAGAAAGAGAAGACGAAGUACAACCCGAACCCAGCAGCAGUAAGUUGGAUUGCCAAAUUAUAAAUAUUCAGGAUGAGGAUGAAGUUAUGUUGGAACUGGAAACUGGUAAUAUUGAAGAUAAAAGUAAAGAAGACAGAAAAAUAGGUCCCAGUGCUGGUAAGUCAACUUACACAGUUCUUGAUAUUGAGAGGGAUCAUGACGCUGAGGUUAUAGCUUCAUUGUUAGGCAAAGAAAAUCCCACAGACAAAGGUCAUUUUGAGAAAAUCAAUUUAUCGACCACACUAAAAACAUUUAUAGUCUUAGAAAAACUUUUUGAUAUUAGCCUUACGUUGGCUAAAAAUUCACUAGCUUUUAGAGAUUCUCAAGAGCAUAACGGUAACUAUGAGGGAAACUUUUUAUCUUUAGUACAACUGUCGGCCAAGUAUGACACUGUUAUGGCACAGGUUGUAAGCAUGCCGAAGGGUCACACUAGAUACUUAAGUCAUGACAUACAAAAUCAAAUCAUUAACUGUAUGUCUUCAAAAUUGAAAGGAAAGCUCCUUGAAAACAUCAACAAAGCAAGGUUUUUUUCACUUAUUGUUGAUACAACACAAGAUCUUGGCAAGAAAGACCAGUUGAGCUUUGUGAUUCGUUAUACGAAUUUCUUUGAAGAGUUGAGGCAAGACGAAGAUGGUAAUUUUGAAGAAUAUAAGAAAUUAAGUAUUGAGGAAUCAUUUCUUGGUUUCUUCCAUGUAAAAGACGCAACUGCACUUGGACUUUCCACCCAAGUUGUUGACUGUUUACAAAACCUGGGUGUGCAGAAAAGACUUCAAGAAAUUGAAAAACUUGCUGUUUAUGUACACUGCAAUGCGCACAAUUUAAAUCUUGCCAUCAAUGAUGCUGUUAAGGAAGUGAGAGCAGUGGACAGUUAUUUCACAACUCUGCAAUCUCUUUAUGUUUUCUUCGGCCUCGGCAUUAAGAGGUGGGACAUUUUGUCGUCAUUAACGGGUGAAUCUGAAGUGACAUUGAAGAAGUUGAAUCCAACUAGGUGGGCAUCAAGACAUGAUUCGAUUUUAGCAGUUAAGGUAAGGUAUUUGGACAUUAUGAAAGCUCUUACGAAGAUUAUACUUGAGAGUAACAAGCAAGAAGAAGUUUCUGAAGCUAAAGCACUUGCAAAAUCCCUUGAUAACUUUCAGUUUGUAAUGCUGACAGUAGUGUUGUCCAAGAUUUUUACACAGCUAAACAUCACGUCUAAGUUUCUUCAAGGCAAGGAAACAGACUUAGAAAAAGCUGCCAGAGUACUUGAAAGAAGUCAAACUGAGCUCAAGAAAAUGAGGGAAGAUUACGAGGCCUACAAAGAUGAAGCCACACUUAUAGCACGUAAAUGGAACGUACAACCAAUGUUUUCUCAAAGCAGGCAGCGCAAAGGAAAACGACACUUUGAUGAACUAGCAGAUUUCAGGUUUUCAAGUGGUGAAGAGGCCUUCAGAGUGCAAGUGUUUUACGCUGUUUUGGACAUAGUCAAUCGUCAAAUUGAGGACCGCUUUUCUUCUGUUCGAGAUGUUGUCCAGCUGUUUUCUGUUUUAUUUCCAACAGUUCUGGUCAAGCUAACUGAAAAAGAAAUCUUUGAAAAAGCUGGAGAAUUGCAAAGAGUGUACGAAAAAGACAUAGGGCCAUCGCUACCUCUUGAACUUAUAUCCCUUCAAAGUGGAUUUAAAUGUGAGCUAUCAAAACUGAAAACGGUUUAUGACUUAGCUUCACUUUUAAUGAUUGAGUUUGACACAUUAGCUACAAGUUUUCCAGAAGUACAGACUGCUCUAAUGUUAUUUUUGACUUUGCCGGUAACAGUGGCAUCUGCAGAAAGGUCGUUCUCAGUGCUAAAAAGAAUUAAAUGUUAUCUCCGAACAUCAAUGGGACAAGACAGACUUAGCGAUCUUGGAAUGUUGGCGAUAAACCAAAGAGAAGCCUCACAACUAGACAAGCGUACGUUAGUGCAAUGCUUUGCAGAAAUGAAAUUUAGAAGGAAAGUUUUUGCAGUGUAG